AUGGCUCGCCGUCUCCUCCUGUUCGUCUUCGUGGCGCUGCUUGCCUUGCCGCGCGGCGCCGUGGAAGCAUACCCGUGGCCAUUUUGCGGAGCCGGGGGCUUCCUGGCGGACAGCAAUUACAAGGCGAGUCUUAGCCUCCUGGCCGCCGCCAUGCCCAAGAACGCCUCCACGUCCCCGGGUCUCUUCACCACCGGGCAGGCCGGCGUCGCCCCCGAGCAGGUGUGGGCUCUCGCGCUCUGCCGCGGCGAUGCCAGCGUCUCCUACUGCGCCAGCUGCCUCGACCAGGCCUUCCAGGACCUCAUCGCCUCCUGCGACUACAAGGACGCCACCAUCUACUACGACUCCUGCUUGCUCACCUACUCCAACAUCCACUUCCGCGCCACCGACGAAAUCAAGUACAGCCCCUAUUACCCAAUCCGCAACCUUGUUAACGCCACGGCGGAGCCGGCGUGGUUCCAGCGCGUCGUGGCUGCGCUCGUCAACGCCACGGCUAGCAGCGCCGCCUUCAACUCCGACACGCGCCUCUACGCGUCCGGGCAGGCCGACUUCGACAAGGAGCUGCCCCAGGUGUACAGCUGGGCGCAGUGCACGCCGGACUUCUCGCCGGACCGCUGCUGGAGGUGCCUCGUCCGGAUCAUGAGGGAGCUACCGACCUUCUUCACUGACGCCAUCGGAGCCAGGGUUCUCGGGAUCAGGUGUAGUAUCAGGUAUGAAACCCAGCCAUUCUUCAAUGGCACGGUCACCGUGCGGCUGUCGGCAACAUCAGCCAGUGGGCCGGCGCCGGCCGUGGUGCCUAAUGUGGUGACGUCUGUGGCACGGCUGGAGACGCCUCAGAAAUUUAGUCAAAGUUAG